AUGGGGUCCACCGAACUUCCUUAUAUCAGAACCAAGCCGAAGAUCAUCUUCUUCACUGACUUCGAUGGCACCAUUACCCUGAAAGACAGCAAUGACUUCUUGACGGACAACCUGGGUUAUGGACAAGAGAAGCGCAGACAGGGCAAUCGGGAUGUGCUCGAAGGGAGAGCAAGUUUUCGGGAUGCUUUCCGCGACAUGCUGGACAGUGUCAAGACGCCUUUCAACGAGUGUAUCAGGGUGCUGCAGGAGAACAUGAAGCUGGACCCUUACUUUGUGGAGUUUUACAACUGGGCCAAGGAGAACAACGUGCCCAUCGUGGUCUUGUCCUCGGGCAUGAAACCCAUCAUCAGCGCCCUCUUUGAGACGCUACUGGGACACAAGCCUGACCCGAGCCACCUCGCCAUUGUUUCCAACGACGUCGAGAGCCGGGAUGGCAAGGAUAUCAACACCGAAGGCGGCUGGCAGAUCAAAUACCAUGAUGACAGCCAUUUCGGUCACGACAAGUCGCUUGAGAUCAAGCCCUAUGCAGCCUUGCCCGACGGUGAGCGCCCGAUUCUGCUGUACGCCGGAGACGGAGUGUCCGAUUUGUCCGCCGCGAGGGAGACGGAUCUCCUGUUUGCGAAGAAAGGCCACGACCUCGUCACCUACUGCGAGCGGGAAAAAGUGCCAUUUACCGUCUUUGAAGACUGGUCGACGAUCUUGGCGACCACCAAGGAUAUCUACAGCGGGAAGGUGACCGUACAGAAGGUUGCCGAGGACGCGCUGGAAAAGCUUCACCAGGGAGCGAACAAGCUUUAA